UUUACGCUUCUUGGCAAUAGAAAUGUGUCAAGCUUAUGUCUUGAGAAGACUACUUGAUCUAUUUUGCAGACGUAGUAUUUUCAAUACCUUCGAUUUGUUAUCUUUGACUUCUGUUUUUUAAGGUGCUUCAUGCUCGGAGACAUGUGUACAUAUGCAAUCAGAAUAAGGAUAUAAUUUUGCAAAGAUGCAAUAGAAAAGUUGGCUGGCGAUAUUGCCAUCUGUAACGAUUAAGUAACGUAAUCCCCAUCCUAAGAUUUUUUAGAGAAUCCAACUACCUUUAAUCCGGGUGCCUUUGCAACUUUCAUAACGAAGAUAAAAUUAGAAUUUGCAGUUUUAAGUUGUGUGCGACGUGUGGAUAUUUUAAAUUUACUUUCAAAUACAAUGUUGCAUGGAAUGACUUGGCCUUAAAAGCUGUACAGAAAUCGAUAAGCUGUACAGAACCUCUUAAUCAGAGGUCAAAUUUUUUUGAUAACACAAAUCUUUAGAUGUAUUGAAGGAUUCCUACACUACUUUCGGUAAUGUUUCAUGAUAAGGACAUUUCCCUCACUUUUUACUUACAGGUUGAUCUUUUCUUUUUGGACAGGAGAUCCCCACAUUUUUUCAUUCAAAAUAACGUAAUAAGGUACAUUUGGGACUGUCGUUGCGAAACACACACUUCUCUUGGUAAACAAUUUUGUUGCCAAGAGGAGUGUGCUUCUUGCAAUUAGAAGAUAAAUUCAAAUUUGAACGAUUGUUACCUUCUCGUGUUUCCUGUUCUGGCUUCCUGCUUUCCUAUAUUUGUUUUUUCCUUGGCUACCUAAGUUGACAAUAACACUAGUAUCAAAACUAUAUUACUUUGUCUGUUGGUGUGAUGGUCUCUCUGAUGUUGCAUCUAACAUUUUUUUUUUUAUUCAUCUUCACAAUAAAAAGGAAAGGACACAGUUGCGAGCCUUGAGGAGUAUCAGUGAAUUUCUCUGAACUUUUAUUUCUAUUUUGACUAUCAAUUUUAAUUGAUAAUAAAAAGAUGAAACAGAUUUAACUGUAAUCGAUGAAGUUGUGAGCCUUGUGGAGUAUCAGUUUCUUUGUGUUACUCUAUACUUUUAGUACCAUUAUUACUUUUAAUUAGAUUUGUUUUUAAAGUUUGUCGAAUGUUAAAUCCACAUGGCUGCAAGGUCAGACUGGUUGUAAUGGUAUUUCCGUGUGACAGUCUUCUUCGGGAGAUUUAUUUUUAGAUUAUGAGCAACAGUGAGUUAUAGUCAGGGCUACAUUCCGAAUACAAUGGAGACGUCAAGUAUAUAUUAUUUGUUUAAAAAUGCAGCUGCAUCGAUCAGAAAUUAAUGAAUCAAUAGAAAUUUUGAUAGCAGGAAGAACUUCCGUUGUUUGCAGUUAUCUUAAACAGAUCGAGCAGAUGUCCUAUGUUUGUCAAACCUCUUUGCCAAUACUGUUUGUGAUAUUUUUGCGAAAUCCAAUUUUUGCUACUCAGCCGAUAUUCAAUGGCCUACUUAAAAGUUAAGCCAGAGGCCAAAGUGCAAAUUACAAUUUUUAGUUCUGAUGUGCUAAAAAUAACUUAGCUUUCAUAUCGAGUCUUUAGAUUUUACCUUUCAGGUACCAAAAAGGAAUGGACCUGCUUUAAAACCAACAUACUACGGAUAUUAUAUGAACAAACGUAUAAACCCAUAGACUUAUUGACGUAUAGAUUAUUAUAUGAACCAAUGUUGUAAGGGGGAUCCAUUAUCUACAAGCAACUCUGCGUUUCCCCCGCUCAACCCCCCGCAAAAAGGUCUUUCGUCACCAACAAGAAUAAACGCAAGUAAGAAACAGUGCUUAUCGUCUGGAGGUUAUUAAAAUAGUUUUACUGUCUCUUUUUUUCAUUAUGUCAUUUUAAAUUUGCCUAUACUGACUGAUGCUGUCUGCCUUAAAUUUACUCCUGCUCUAGAGCCGCCUGCCCUAGGGCCACCGGCCCGGAGCCGCCAGCGAUUCCCCGUCGAUGUUUCGUUGUUUACUAAUACCUUAUCCAUGUUGUUGUUUGUUCAUAUAUACAAGAAUCACUUUCCAACUAAAAUACGAAACAAAGCAAACACCAUAAAUUGGAAUUGGCAGCUAAAGUUUUUGACCUGAGGAUUCUAUGAGAAAGGUUGCCAGAGUAGACUGACCUUUUUGAAUGUGCAACCUGUCGUUGAUUGAAAACCGAGAUUACUUGCCAAAUGGGUGCCUGUUCUUCUAUGCAUCUUGUAAUAAUAGUCAAAUUGAAGUAUUGAUUAAGACUGAAUCAAAGUGUCAUAUAGAAACGACAUAUUUCCUUAUAACCUACAAUAGAGUUGCUGAGUUCAUUUAUUCAUUGGUACUGCUUUAAUUAAUAUUCUUUGAAACUGGAGGGAAGAAGAUCUCGCUCGGCAACGCGGGUGUGCGACGGUUCUCAAGAUGUUCGGCAUUUUUAUUGCAGUAUGUAACUGAAAUUUGGCGUCAACAGAGGGAGGCUACUGAAGAAUAUGUUUUUUGAUGUGGUCAAAAACUGAGUGAAAAAGACAGAGAUACUGCCGCGGAAUUUAUUCAUGCCUAACCAUCGAAACUAGAUGGUAUUCGGUGUUCCUGUUUGAAAAUUUGUAAUAUUUUCACGAUUUACACAAUUAAAAAUUGAUUCGAAGCUGGUUGAAAGAGGAAAUAUAUUGGCUCGUGAACACAAACUCAAAGUGACUUGCAUAAAAAAGGACCUUUCCCGGUAAGUGAGAUUUCAUUAUCUUUGAAUUUUCAAACAGUGUUAGUUUGUUUGCUGGAAAUUUUCAACACUGUCAGGUUGUUCGCAAGAUACCAUUGAUAUUUCUAGAAAAGAGCAGAGAAACUCGGCUGCGUUUUGAUCGAGAUGGGUGUCAAAUACAAUUUUUGGUAGUAUUUGCACAACACAGCAGGCAGUCCUUGGUGUGGUAUACAGACUGCUUUCUGCAGGUGCUGGAUGGCUUGAAAGGUUUGGAAAUCCAUUCCAAGUGAUUUACUGAUCACAAUUCUCAACACAAUGAAGCCUUUCUACUGCUUCCUGGUGGUAACAUAUGUCAGUAACUUUGCUAUUGGGUUCAUUGGCAAUAUACUGGUGUUGGUCUAUCUCUACGACUCGUUAAAGAAAUCAAACCAGUUCAACAAAAGUCUUGCAUAUAUCCUGAUCAAUCUUGCCGUCGUUGAUAUAUUAACGGAAAUAUUUGGAACCGUUGGUGUUCUUUUAGAGUAUGAAGUGAUGAAGCACCCAAGCGGUCUCUUUGGGGAUAUGGUAUGCAAAACCAUCACAUCUCACACUUUGACUUGGUCUUUUACCAACAUAUCUGUCCUGACAGUUGUUUUACUUGCUUGGGAGAGAUACCGAGCUGUCACCCAAUUCAAGUCUAAGGCUGCAAGCAAUUUAGAUGAAACGAACUAUGUCAAAUACCUAUUAGCCUCCUUUUGGAUUGUUGGCCCGGGUAUGUACUCGCCUUUCAUUCCGUUUCAAAUCUACAGCGAGGCUGACGGAUGUGUUGAGAAGUUCACAAACGAUGUUGCAAAAUAUGUGAUCAGUCUGAUGGAUAUCACUUGUUUUUAUGUCCUUCCUUCAAUAUUCUUCCUGUUUUCAUACACAAGCAUUGUGAAAUCACUGAAGAAGCCUCCAAAGUAUAUGAGUGAUCGUCGACAGAAGCAGUUCUCGUACAAUAAAGUGCGUCGCAAGUUGACACGAACUGCUAUGUUGAUAGUUGCUGGUUUUUUCCUCUGCUGGAGCGGGGCCUACAUCAUCUAUACUGUCCAAGUUAUCGGCAAUAUAGACACUGUGGCAGUGGAUACAGCAUUUGAAGCUUCGCUUAUAUUGGCCUAUUUCGCAUCGACAUCGCAUCCAAUAAUCUACUCGUUUCGAAGUAAGCAUUUUCGCGACAAGGUCAAGGAGAUUUUUUCGAAAGUCAAUCUCUGUCAUUGCAAGGAAGAUCUGUGCUGGCGAACAUGCAAAGUUGAACCUGUUACGAACCCAUAUGUUGUGAGGAGUACAGAAGAAACGAUUCAAGUUGAAUCUCGCGAUGACGAAGUUGUUGAAGAUUCGAAGGGUGAAGACCAUUUGAGUCAGUAACAAUCGAAAUAAAAUAAUUUGUAACAGUGGUACUGCUAUAGCUCUGUUUGCGCCAGAUCGGUUGUAGUUCUUGAGAAACUAUCACUCUUUCGUUAAUGGCUUUCGGCUUAACUUAUAUUUGCAUUUUCGUAAGUCGAAGAGGCAAUCUCAAAACAGUUUCUAUUUCCGAUCGUUUUUAAAAACAGAUUGGCUACCCUUUGGAAAUAUGUUAUUAAGAUCCGCACAUAAAAGAUCAUAACAUUUGUAUCUUAGAGUGUUUAGAUAGGGCCAAUCCUGCAGGUUUAUUACCCAAUUAAAAUGUCUAGGAUAGAACUUGUGUCUAUUACUUAUAUUAUACUGACCUUUGUGCCUGACGCGUUAUGUUGAUGACAACUUUAACGUUUUGUUCCAAGAAGCGAUCUGAAAAUUUUUUUGGUAUCCUUAUUAUUUUAUUCCUGCUGAAAAAAUAUCUUAAUAUGACAUAGCCCGUAUUUCAUAUUCUAAAUGAAAAGUGCCCUUUUGUAUGUCAUAGUAUUUCUGCCUACCUGUACGGGCCCCAACAAAUUUGAAAUGCUUCCUGGCGUCCCCGAAUCGUUUCUAUGAGUGGUGAAGCCUAGGAAAGUUAAGGUAUGCCCAUAUCCGAUAAAUUGGGGCUGGUUGAAAGAGAUAUUAAGUGAAAAGGGAAAUUUCAGGUCACCCUUUCCCCAAUUAGUGUUCUCAUCUGAAAAUUCCGUCUUUCGUUGGAUAAUUGACAAAUGUUUAACAUUCUGAAAGUUCUUUCCUGGAUGAUAUAUUGCUGGACAAUCAUAGCCCUGAACCCAACACGCCCCUUGUGAAAGCCUGAAUUUCCGCCACUGGGUGGAAUUAUAUAAAAUAAUCAAAAUUUUUUUUUUCUACUUCAAGCGGUGGAUGCCUAAUAAGCAAUCGUGUUACACCUGUAUGCUAAUCUUCCUGUUUCACAUUGUUGAAAUGCUACUAAGAGUUCUGUAACUGCGCGGAGAAUAUCUGGUCAUUUAUUUCCUUAGUAAAACCUUUCUCUUUCUUUUGUAUGAAACUGUACAUAUCUGUCCUUAAAAAUGUAAGAUUACUGCUGUUGAGCCUCAGUCUCAAAUACAGUCAUCUCCAAUCAACGUUGACAAAAUUUCCACGUAGAAAAAAGUUUGAGAAAGUAGGGCUGAGUUGUUAAUGCGAGCUGAAAUUGAACUCUAUGCACUACGACACUUAGGCAAAGCAUGGAAAUUUGGAUUUCAAUGAGGGAUGAGACACAAUGAUUUUCUUGCAUGGCCCUGAAAAUUGCAUUCUAUAGCCUCUUGACUUGGUGAUCAAGUAUAGAAAGGAAUCAAUAUGAGCUGAAGAUUCCUUGUGCACGGUUUGGUGCAUACACAAAUCUCUCAAAAUCUUCUAUACGACGCAAAAAAUGUGUAAUCUUGACAAGUGUGCAAAUAAUGUCUGGAAUUGAAAUAGUAUGCAAAUUGCAAGCAAUGCAAAGAAAAUUGUCUUGAUAAUUCGAUGCAAGUUAGGUAUGGGAAACUCUUAUUUUGACAGAAAAAGACAAUUCUGCCUGAAGGGAAGAGCGACGAGUGACAAAGGAGUAGAGAACAAAGAGAAGGGAAGAGGGAAAAGGGAAGAACAAGGAGGGAACAGGGAAGAGGGAGGAGGGAAGAGGGAAGAGGGAGGAAGGAACAGGGAGACUAGGGAAUAGGGAACAGAAAACAAGGAACAGAGAACGGGGAACAGGAAACAGAGAACAGGGAACAAAAGUAUCUCAUAAAAGUGUGUGUUAUCUGUUUAAUUCCACUACAUAAUAGAUACGGGAAGAGGGAAGUGCAGAAUACACGAAGGAGGUCAAGAAGUAUAAGGAGGUCCAAACCUUUAGAAAACAUAAGUAUCGUCUUUUAAGAUGCAUGUUUUUCCACGUGAUAGACACUUUCCAUUUGUUUCUUAUAACAAUUUCUUCACGAGAUACUGAGCUUUGGAUCUCGCAUAUAGAAUAUUUCCAAUAAAACCAUUGCCAGAAAGAUUCUUUUUCUUCUAAAGGAAAACAAUUUGGUCAAAAUGUUUCGAGUGCAAGUACGGUAUAUGGUCACGGCCAAAACUGUCAUUUUUUGAAUAUUAAUUUGUGACUUGUCAUCCUCAAAUAAACAUCAAAACUCUAUUCAACCAAAAUAAUUGAAUUCUCGUCAGCUGAUGAGCCUCUGUGCUGCGAGCAUAUGUAAGUUGGUUUACUAUGAAAAUCUUUAGACAUUCAUACUCUUCUCACAAUAUAAGACCCGAGUGAAAGCCCAACCAAACUUUCACCCCACCCCACCCCCAAUUCCCCUUUUUUGCUUAAGGCAUUUCGCCUUCCAGUACGAGAAUAUAUUUCUAUAUAAGGUAGCAGGGGCGUAGCUAGCGGUAGGUGUAGGGGGUGUGACACCCCCAGUUCUUUAUGAGAUAUUUGGUAAAUCUUCGGUUGUUCCGCAAAAUCCUUAGCUUGUCGGUGAAACCAUUUAUUGGUAGGCGAAACACGUUAAUUUUUCUUUAUCUAUGUCUUCGUUGGUAGAUUUUACUAUUGAUGGUCCUGCUCCCCCUUUUCUGGCAGGUCGAGCUACAAAAUUGUAUAGUUGCUAUUGUUGUGAAAACUGUUUUUCUGCAUCAUUCGAUAAUCUUUUCAGGCUAUUUUAUCAAAUUAUCACUUAUCGUGCUUACAAUAUCAUAAUGCGUUUUAAAAAAGUAUCAUCUUAUGGAAAAUUUUAUUUCUCUUUCGUUGAAAUAGUGCUGUUACUAAAAAAUCCAAGUUCUCCGUGAAACUUUCACCAAAAAAUCUUAGUCAGUUUCAUAAUUUUGACAGAGAAUUCACAAGCUUUCCCUUCAAGAAAGAUUCGCUAAAUCCCUAAUAAACAGCAGAGCUUCAGUCUGAGGUUUCCCAUUACAAUGCUUUAACAAAUUAACCCUCAUUCGAUUUGGUAUCCACGAUUUACUUCAUCCUGAAUCAAAGAAUGUAGGUAUGACGUAGUCACGGCUCGUUUACAUAACAGCUCUCCGGGCUGCCUUCUUUCACAUGUGGUGGGCAAUUUAUGCCAGUUUUCCUAAAUAUAGAAUUUAAUUAAGGACAGCUCGGCUUCUGCGAUUAUUAUAAUCUUUUGUGUCUGUGGUGGCAAUGCUAAAAUUAUUUUGUUGUUGUCCCAUUCUAUACAUACAUUGCCUCUUCCCACCCUUCUGCGAUUUGCGUACGUUGAAAUCGAGGGAUUAUAUUUUGCGAGUUGCGAGUUACCAGUUGCGAGUUGGUUUUUCAUCAUGUCUUCAUAAAGGUUGAUGUAAAUACACUGUCAAAAAUUUAAAUAUUAUACUGCAUUAAAACUGACAAUAUUCAACCAGCUUUACCUUAACGAUUUAAAAUUUUUUAACCAAUCCAAUGUAUUCGAUUUGUUGGACUGACCAAUAAGAAAGCGCCAUUCAUUAUCUUGGUUUAGUUUAAGUCGGUUUAACUAGCACCUGUAUGUGUGCAUGUCAGAAGGGAGUUUUACUCAGAUAGCUGUACCAUGCUUUUGCCAGUUGAUAGAAAUUUCCGUUGCUAAUUUUCUUGUUGUUUUGUUCUAAAUUUAGUGGCGUUACGUUCAGCCUGGUCUAUAAAACCCAUUCGUUAUAUUUAUAACUUUGCGUUAAUUUUUGAAUUUUUUUAACUGAUGUAGAUUUCUAUAUGUUUUUCAAUUUUGUUUAUGUUGCAGAUAAGAUUUCUAUAUGUUUUUCAAUUCUGUUUAUGUUGGUGAGACAAGCCGACAUUUGUCCACCCGCUUGCGUGAGCAUCUGUAUACUGAUAAACAUCUUAAGAGUUUUGAUAAAUGUAGAAAUGUAGGAACGUGUUGACCAAUGAGAAAACGCUAAAAUUCUACCGUCGCUGUUUUUUCAUUGAACAACCUCAUUGCACAUGAGAAAAAACAGUGGGGCCCAAAUUAUUAGGAAUUAGAUGUUUAUGUUAGUCUUUUACUGGCAUUAUGGUUGGCUAUUUAAUAGGUCGCGUGAAGGAUGCAGAACAACAUCCUUCAGUAUUCGUCCUUAGGUUUAAGUGAAUGAUUUCUUCAGAGUUUAGCCAAACGUUCCACAAGGACCUGUCCUCGAGACGCUUUCGUUUAAAAAUGAUGCAGAACUUUGUAGCUACGCUGGUAUUUUUUAUCUGUGAUUCUAUUAAUCAGAAUACAAUACCAACAAACUCUAGCAUCAAGCACAGUAAAAGCAGUUGAACUAGAGAAAACCACAUGUAGCUAGCGCAAUAAAAUGUCGCUGAAUGAGGUUUCGAGAGGAACCAAGCCAAUCAAAUGCGGCAAUCUUCCGAUCACGUCACUUUCGAUACACACCAGUCCAUGCUUCAUACUCUGAGCGCCGUCGAGAGAAAAUAGUUUUAAAGCGUCUUUCUUGCCUUAACCUGUCAUCAUCUUUUAUUUCUAAUCGGAUGGAAUCCUUUUAGCAGAUAAAUUUGCUCAGAAACUCUUACGAAUAUUAUCAUAUUUUCAUGAAAUUUUAAUGUUUAAUUAGUAAAACAUUGUUUCCAUUUUCUGCUUAUUUUUCCCGGUGUCAAUUGUCAAUUGUCGAAGCAUGCAUAGAAAAUUUUAAGUUUUUGCAUACGAAGUUAUUCCGAAUAGCAAGUAAAAUGCAAUAUGGACAAAAAAAUAUUUUCGUAUAGAUUUUCGGUUGCAAAUAUUGUGUAACAGAGUUUCUGACAACUUAUCAGAGUAUCGUCGCGACAAAAUUUCGUUUUGUAUUUGAAAUCUUCCGACAGAGGGGUUGGAGCUUCCGUCAGGAAGGCUAAAAUGACUAAAAUAAGCAGUUUUCGUACGUUAUUUUGUCAAAUUUGCUCCAAGAAAAACCUAAAAUUUCCUCCGAUGGGGGGCUAGAUGUUUCCGAUGGAGGGGCUGUAGGCCCCUUAGCCUCCUUAGCCCUCCCCUGGCACCACCACUGUGUGUAUCCUUAACGCAAAAAAUAUAAGCACAUGCAACCAAAAUUGUAAGGACCAGAGAUUUACAAUUUUGUAGGCGUUCAAAUCUGCCCAAAUUAGCAAACUCGUCAUUUUAUGGGGGAUGCUUGAUGAAAGGCUCCUCCAUAGUCAAUGGCUCCUCUAAGCACCGCGCACCAUUCCAAAAGUGGGUGUGAAACUGAAAGGGGAGCUAAUAGCUUUAGGACCAUUAAACACCAAGCUAACCAAGUUAGAAAACACAGCAUAUCAUUAUACAAGAUAUAACAACAAGGAAAAUGAACA